UUCCCUCCAACAAAAAGCAUUUAAACUUUGAAGAGCGCGCUAUCGCCAUAUUCUCUCAGCCAGAGACCAGAUCAGCGGCGCCAUGAAGAGAGCUCGUUGUACAUGCCUGCGAUCUAGAGUGAUCCAGUUACUCAUUCGAUCUUCUCAGUUGCUGGAAGUUACUCCAAUUGUCAAGUACUCGGCGCUAUCGCUCUUCGCCGACCGUUUUUACCCUGCUCUCUCCAGACUCAAAGACAGGAAAGUGACAAAAAACUGGCUUCUGCAUCCAAUUGAAGAAUGUAACUUGCAGCUAUUUGCUCUUGUUUCACUAUGGAUAUCAAGCAAAAUACAUGAUUCACCUCCUCUGUCUGUUAAAAAAUUCAAAUCCUUGGGAGACAAGUUUAUCAAGGAGCAACAUUACACUAUGGGAGAUAUUCUGGAAGCUGAGAUAGUGUUAAUGCAGGUUCUGCAAUUUGGGAUUGGCAUGUCAAAAAUUACUUUUUCUUCAGUUGAGGACCUUCUUGUUCAAUUCAAGGCAAUAGCCCAAGUUGGAGAGCAUGUGAAAUUUGAAGCUUGUAUGGAUGUUAUGGAUCUGCUUUACGAAAAUGAAGAGAUAUCAGUCCUUUACAGCUCUCCUGAGGCUCUGGCCGCAUCAGUAGUGGUUGUUGGCUACAUCAUUACAGUGCCUCCACAAAGGUGGGAGUUUCCAGUUCUGCCUUGGGUGAAAUUUGUUACAUCUUGCAAAGAAGAGGACAUACUGGAUACUGUCAGGGUGAUCCUGAAGCAUAUAUUCGAACCCCAAGCGGACUAUUAUGUAGCCAAUGGAUAAAAUGUGUAUAUCUGAAUCUCUGAUUAUGAAGGUAGUACACACUAGGACCACCAAAGGAGUAUCCAUGAUUCCGUCCUAUCAAGACAUGAAUUUAAUUUUAGCUUUUCCACUUGGUGGCCUACCUGCAUUCCCAGCCUCUUUUUUGUUUACCGAAUACAGUUACGCACUUGAAUAAAUUGGGGUGACAUGACA